GCGCUGCUGCCAAAGCGGUCGUCUGCUCGGCGGGCUGCACGUCUGCUGUGAAACUCCGUCGGACACUUGUUGCGAAGCCGUCGUGCAGUUUCCUUCACUUGGGUCCGACUUCUGUUGGCUGUCAAACUCCGGUGUAUGUGUGUGAGUGUGUAGAUAUAUAUAUCUCAGCUGGCUGGAGGUUUUUUUUUGGAUUAUUUUCUGCGGAAUUAGGUGUCGCGCGCCCUGGAGCAGAGGACAUUUUAUUCUGGAAGACACUGAGCUCAGCUGUCCUGAGAAAAAGUAGUUCGGCUCAUCGAAACAGCAGAAAAACCACGAGCGCCAGCACUACUUUUCAGUCAGGGACAUCAGGCUGCUACGGAACAUUUAGUCGAGGGAGGUGAAGGGAAGAGCCGUACGUCACCUUGGUAACCUGCUGUAGUAAUUAUGGCCGAAAUGUAGCGUUCAGCUCCGCUGCAGUCUUCGCUCGAAAUGAUGAGGUGAGCAAGUAUCGUUAGUAGGACUUUGCUGAUAAGCACUUUACAGUCCCCACUGAACUGCUUCCUGGCUGGAUCUGUCACCUGUCCAGUUCACAUCAGGAAGCGUCUGCUGGUCACGUGUGAUCCACGGUUGCAGCGCCGUCUGGCUCAGGCAUCGCCCCGACCGAAGACAAUUGCGUAAUAAGAGGCGAGGGGCACAGCUUUAUCGCCUCAUCUGGAGGGAGUAGCUGGUACCAGCAGCCGGUAAAGUGCCAGGACUGACUAAGGAGGGUGGGGGGAGAUCACGUGUGCGAGUGCAGGGAGUGUGUUGUGCAGUUCAACCCUGCACCAUCCUCGUGAAUCGUUCUCUGCGAUUCUUCAUAGCCCAGGAAACUAAUUAUUGUGACAACCGAUCGCACAUAGCGUUUCCUACGAAGGGUAAUAAAUGUAAUUUUUUCGUGCUUGGAAGGAGUAUACCUCACGUGCUGUGGUUGUGAGUGUGCGCAGAGCUGAGUAUUGAGAAUAAAUUUGCUCCGAGCGUGAGUACGAGGGGAUUUGCACAACAAAUACUCGCAGUGCAGCUCCAAGAAGAUUCGCUCUCAGAUCACUUUACUAGGUAAAGUGCAUUGAUCGUCUGUUGUUUACCUACGAAAGAGGAUACCAGGUAUUCCAGGGAGAGCUAAUCAGGAUAAACCACUAACUAUUUACCUGUGCACCUAGGUGGAAAGGGGUACCUUGUUGUGAGAAAACAUAUCCAGGACAGGACUAAACGCGGCUUCUUGAACCAAACAAAAUGGGUCCAGGGAUCGUCUGCAAACUGUUCCCGCUCGUCUUGUUUUCUUUUGUCUUUUUCCUGCUGGUCGUGUCCAGCGAAAACGAUGUCCCCACCACGGACUUGCAACAACCACUGGCGGGAAAUUCUUUGUCUGUCUUCGCUAAAGGAAGCGACAGCGCGGCGGAGGGAAACGCGACGGAAGCGGCAUCCAAGCGGAAACGACGCUCUAAGCGUUGUAAGUGCAGCAAGCGAUUUACGAAGGAGGUGUCCACCAUGGUGGAGGAGCGGCUGCAGGAGUUUGAGAACAAGUACCUGCUGCGCCUGAAUCGCAAGGAGGACACCAUGACCCACGACGACGCGGCGGCGGUUGCCGCCAACGAGGCCGCGUCCACGCUGUCGCAGAAAAUCCAGAACAUCGACCACAUGCUGCUCAAGCUCAACGCCGAUGUACUGGAGACCAAAGAGGCCCUGGCCUUCGUGGUGGGCAACCUGGACACCGUCAAGCACGAGUUCAACCACACCACCGGCAACAUGCUGGCCCUCAACUCUUCCUUCAAGAAGCUGGACAAGGCCGUGGCCAACCUCACUCGCUACGUGGAGAAGGUACAGAGCAUGAUCCCCCCAGGCCUGCUGUGCCUACUUCCGGUACAGGUCUGAGAGCGCCACCCAAGAACACUACCCUAG